UUAAGCAAUCCAAGAAAGCAGCUGAUUUAUGUCAAAAUGCCGGCUGUGGGGUAGACAAUCGAUUUUCUCGUAACCUUGUUUUUUUUUCUAUUAUUAUCUUAAGAGGACUUCAUAGAAAAUUUUUAGAUAUCGUUAAUUGGCAUUAAUACAGCUAAAACUAAAUAUUUUUGUAAUUUAAGUCAGUCUGCAAAUAAGCAUUCAAACGACUCUUAGAAUUUAAAACACUUAGUUUUUUUAGAGAUUAAUUUCACUGUUGCAUUUAAGUUUAUCAAACAUGAGUGAGUACUUUUCAAGGUUGCAAAGUGAUAAUCAAGUGACAUCUGAAAGGUAUAAAGACAAAAUUAAAGCUCAUGAAAAGAGCUUGACUUAAAAAGUUGCUAAUUGCACACUAAUCACAACACUGUAAAAAAUCUAAAAAAACCACGUUUCCGGAUGGAAAUUUAGCACUUCUGUAAGUACCAAUUCUUUAAAGUCCUUUUGCAAUAAAACUGGGAAUAAUAAGGUCCAAAUAAUUUCCCAAAUCAAGCAGAAAAUUACUGCAAAAGCGUCUGCUUACCCAGGGCGGCCAUUUUUAAAGUUGAAUUUGACCUCCUUGUUGACAGUUUCUGUCUUGUCAUUCCUAUUAGGAACAUAGAACUGCUUCUGCGAAACUGUGAUCCUGAUCAGAUAGAUUUUAUCAGCUGAUCGCCGAUCCUAAACCAGAAUUUGAUUUUUAUUCGAGUUUUCAAACAGCGCGUUCGUAAUUUCAACUUAAGAAUUACAAGAUCUACAAAAAUCUUUAAUAACGACAGUGAACAUGAUCAAGAUCACUUUUCAAACGUUCAGAACAUGGUUAAGCAAUAAAAAGGCAAAAAUUUCAUAAUGGGUUAAAACACCUCCAACCAUUAAAUUGAAAACAACAGGAUACUGAAAAUACACCCAUUAUAACUCAAUAUAGUGAAACGACAUAUGAAAAGUCACAUGUCAAAAUAUAGUGUCAGCUGCUUUAUAUCAAUUUCUAAACUUGCGAAGUGUUGUGUAAACUGCAAUUAUAUUUUGGAAGAUUUAUUUUAAAAAUUUAAAAUGUUGAAAUCUCCAUCUAAACUAUACGAAAUAUGUUUGGAAGUCGCCGUUGAAGACUCUAUAUCGGCAUGUAAAUUUUGUAAAAAGGAAUUCAGAUCUCUACCAAAUAAUGUACUUUUCGACUUCUAUUAUAAGAUGUUUCUGGGAAAACGUCUGUGCCUUUUAGCUGUAGAACUUAGUGAAUUAGAAGUUUUCAAUCGAGUUGUAUCAGUUAAACACCAACGGACAAAGUUUCUAAAAAGUUUUCAAUCUCUAAUCGAUCAUGGUACAAAUAUUCCUCAACAGCUCGUCAAAACAUUUAUACAGUGUAGUCAACAAAGUAAUUUUAGUGAAAUGAAUCUUAUUGAAGUUGGUUUGAAGAUGGGAGCGUUUUUCAACGAAGGCGGUCUCUUCACUCAUGCUAGAGAUGUAUUAUCAGUUACUGAAGACAUAUGUAAAAAAAGGGAUAGAGAUAUUACUACACUGAGGAUGUUAUUAGAUUGUUAUUACAAACGCAUCUAUUCUGAAACGAUAUACUGUGAUUUUGAAAAAGCGAGCACUACUUUUGAAGCUGCUCAGAAAGUUACUAAAGAAUUGGAAGAAAAAGAUGCUCUACCGAAUUUAGCUGGUCUCUAUUCAAAUUUCUCUUUUUUAUAUUUUAUUCGUAGCGAAUAUAACGAGGCGUUCAGUUGGACGAUAAAAGCAUUAAAAUUAUUAAACGACAAAUUACCGAAAAGAAUAAUAAUCGACGUUUUGCGACAAGCAUCUAAAGCUUGUGUGGUAAAAAGAAAAUUUGCAUCUGCAGGUCUCCUAAUAUCGCAAGCUGUCAAUAUGGCUUCGGAAUUGUACAAAUUAGACGGUCACCCGCAUUUUUCUGACACCCUUUUAGAUUAUGGAUUCUAUUUAUUGAAUUUCGAUUCGAUUCCGGAAAGCGUACGAGUGUACGAAAAGGCCCUGACAAUCCGGAAAGAAGUUUUCCAAAAAAAUAACAUUAAAGUGGCAUUGGGACACGAGGAUUUAGCCUACGCGCUUUAUGUCAAUGAAUAUAGUUCCGGAAGGUUUUAUGAAGCGAGGGAACACGUAGAACGAUCGAUACGUAUAAUGGAGAGAAUUUUACCAUCGGAUCAUCUACUUUUGGCGUCGGUGAAACGAGUCAAAGCACUCAUAUUGGAAGAAAUAGCUUUAGAUGAAAGAAGUAAUAUAUCAUUACAGAAUCAAUAUUUCACGGAGGCCCACAGUUUACAUAAAUCAGCAUUGACUUUAUCGUUCAAAGCUUUCGGGGAGAAAAACGUACAAACGGCUAAACAUUACGGUAACUUGGGAAGGUUGUUCCAGAGCAUGAAAUUUUACGAUCAAGCCGAAAAAAUGCACCUGAAAGCUAUAGCCAUUAAAGAGGAGUUGCUAGGCGAUAAUGAUCACGAGGUUGGACUCAGCGUUGGACACUUGGCGUCACUCUACAAUUACCACAUGAAACGUUACAAAGAAGCCGAACAAUUAUAUCUGCGUUCAAUUGAAAUAAAUCUGAAUUUAUUCGGAGAAGCUUACAGCGGAUUAGAAUACGAUUAUCGGGGAUUGGUAAAUAUUUACACGAAAAUAUUCGAUUCCUACAAAAUGAUACAUUAUAUAUAUAAAGUGAGGGAUUGGAAGACUUUAAGGGAUUCCAUACAACCCGUUGAACACGAUCCCGAAGUAAUACCUUUGAAAGAAAUAAUAGAAAAACUCUUUAGUACCUCAGGCAGCUUCAGUUUAUUCAAAAAAACCAUUUAAACUGUCGUUUUAUCAAUUUAUUAAUAAAUUUCGAGGGAAAUUAUCGAUUACGUUAUUAAAUCAUGACACAAACGAGUUACGAACAUAACCUAACAUAUAUCGAAUGACGUAGUCUCGUUCUAUGACACGCGCACUUCAAUUACUACUAGUAUACGGUAAUCACAUUAAUUAAAUACUACGGAUGUCUUAGUGUAAGACGGAGAAACGUAAUUACGAGAAAGAUGUAAAAGGUGACCGAUUUAAAAAGACGGCAUAAGCAAAACGCACGCGCACGAUGAUCGAUUGGAAUUUAAUUUCACGACAGGAUAGUGAGACAACGCUGAAAAUAACCGAUUUAAGUAUCAGAGGUCACGGUAGCGUUUCGAGACCAAAACAACCAUAUAUCUAUGGUAUUUAUUUAAUCUGGGGUUAUGUUUCAAAAAUGGUACAUCAAGAAACCAUCAUUUCUCACUAACUAAUUCGAAUUUCUAGCUAAUAAGAGUGAUUCCAAAAGCUUCUCUUUGGUGAUAUUCAAAUUGAACUAUUUACACUACCACUACGCCAACGCGUUUCGAUAACCAAUUUGUAGUCUUCAGAGAUUAAAGUCUAUUAACUUAACCUACCUAUUAAUACCAAAUUUUCCUCACCAGUGAAUUUUUUUCCGAGAAAACAAUGCCAAUAAGAAAAAAAUUUCGUUGGCGGGAAAUUUCACAUUAAUUUCUUAACUAAUAAACUAUAUGGAAUAGGUUCUUAAAUAGAGUCACCAUUUAAACUAUUCUUACAUUUAACCAUCUCAAUGCUGGUUGUUUACACUAUUUAACAAUUUUAUAUUCACUUAACCUAAUCAUUUGUAACCAGACACUGCCGUCUAAGACGCCAUCUUCACACCAUUGGCAUCACAACCUGCCUAACGACAUUAAAAGGUUCAAGCCAAAGCGCCUGAUAGGCUUCUUAAAAGACAUCAGACUUUGGUAACGUCAAGUAGGGCAUGAAGGGUCUACCUGAAGGCCUAUGUACUGAACGGCUUUACGGCCGCCCACAACUAUGAACUAAAACUAUAUGUUAACCUUGAUUAUGAUUCUCAUCAGCGACACAAUUCUGAAUGAUUCCUCUACAAUGAAUUCUCUAACUGUAGCCACUGUGGCAUUAACUUUAGUGGAUCUAACUUCAACAUUAACCUCAACCCAACUUAACCUCUGGCCAAGUAUCUUGUUUAUUAUUACAAAAUACAGCUUUCUUAAAGCAAUUUUUAAUGGUAUCACUUCUUACUGUAUACCAAGCUCUUCUUCCGAAUUUCAUUGCUAGAAGUAUGUUGAUAUCGAGGUUAAGUUUCCCUCUUAACACUUAAAAAGUAUGGUUAACAAUUUCUCUAUAGUGGAACCUUCUUCUUCCUCGGGUACAUUGAAGGAUAACACUUACGUCUUAUACAGACUCUAAAGAUUAACGGAAAUAAAUACUUACCCCAAUCAGGAAUACAGAGUGGGAAAAGACAUCUUCUAGAUCACAGGUUUAGAAUUACUCUAAAUACAAUUUCUACGUACCUACUUCUAUAUACCACUGUAUACAACUAUUUUAUAAGACUAAUAACUAUCUAUCUAUAUAUAU